AUGUCAUCAACCAAUCGAGUGACGCGUGAUCGACGCAAGCGGCCAAAACUCGAGCAUAAAACUACAGACGACGAAAACUUGCAACCACAUCCUGUCGAAAUUCUCUCAACUGUAGUACAUCUGGAUAUAGCCAUGCAAGGAUCAGAAACCAAAGUCGGUGACGCUGGUGUAUACCAAGCCAUCGCUGCGCGGAAUCAAUUCGAUUCACCCUUCCUACGGUUACCAAGCGAGAUACGCAAUCAGAUUUACUACUUUGCGCUCGGAGGCAAUGAGAUCUAUGUCAGUUCCAAUGGUGACAAGAUGUCACCCCUAUGGGGUCGCUCUUUAGGGCAAAAGAUCUGGAGUCUCAAACCCAUCAAACAGAUCAUGGCCAUCAACUUGCCACUCGCAUGUACCCAGAUCCGUCGUGAGCUCGGAGAGUACUACGCUUUCACUUUUAAUUCGUUCGGGGCGAUGGCAGACGUAGGCGUCGGACCAUUACUGCAUCGACUUACCUCUGCUCAGAGGCAUAAGAUUGAAGUCCUUACGGCAAACCAUGCUUAUCCCAUCGAAAACAAAAUUUCCUACUAUGAUCACAUCUUUACCCUAAAAAGAAGAACACAAUUGGUCGGCUUCGCGCGGCCUGUAACAAUAAGGAGAUGA